AGCCCCGCCCCCUCAUCCUGUCCUGCAUGAAUUAGUGUCAGUGGUAUGGCCAAGAGGCACACUGCGAUCAGAUAUUCACAAUAGGAGCUCCGGCGUGGCAAAUGGCUAAAACCUACGAUUACCUCUUCAAGCUCUUGCUCAUAGGAGACAGCGGAGUGGGAAAGACGUGUCUUCUGUUCCGCUUCAGCGAGGACGCGUUCAACACCACCUUCAUCUCUACCAUCGGAAUUGACUUCAAAAUCAGGACUAUAGAGUUAAAUGGAAAGAAAAUCAAACUCCAGAUAUGGGACACAGCAGGACAGGAGAGAUUUAGGACCAUCACUACGGCAUACUACAGAGGAGCAAUGGGCAUUAUGUUAGUGUACGAUAUUACUAGUGAAAAGUCCUUUGAAAACAUCAAGAACUGGAUUCGCAACAUUGAGGAGCAUGCAUCGUCAGAUGUAGAGCGGAUGAUCCUCGGAAAUAAAUGUGACAUGAACGACAAGAGACAGGUGUCUAAGGAGAGAGGAGAGAAGUUGGCAAUAGAUUAUGGAAUCAAGUUUUUAGAAACCAGCGCAAAAACUAGCAUAAAUGUGGAAGAAGCCUUUUUCACCUUAGCGAGAGACAUUAUGGCCAGACUCAACAGGAAAAUGAAUGAUGGCAGCAAUUCAGAAGGUGGGGCACCAAUUAAGAUCACAGAGAAGCGUUCCAAGAAGCACAGCAUAUUCAGGUGCACACUCAUAUAAUGGACUCUAGCGAUUGGAAUGCAACUAUGGACUUGAUCUCUCUAGCUGCAGAAUCAGCUGGUAUGGAAGGUCAUGUGAACCUCUACUGAGAGGCGUGCACUCACGUUCUUAAUGAACAGGGAGACUCCUGUUCAUACAGACCAACCGGCGAGUUGGCACAAAGGAUACUGGAGGGGUUUGAAGUACCUAGUUUGUGAAAUGUCUUAUUGUUUCUUUUGGCCUUUUUGUGAUUAUCACGGCACAUGUUUUGGUUUGACUGUCAAUUUUUUUUAUAAUAUCAAAGCUUGAAUUAUUCCUUUUAUAGAGCCUUUAUUCAUAUUUUAUAAAGCUUUUAUAAGCAUAACAGUGUUACACUGUCAUUACACAUUGUUUAUGGGCAGAUGAUUAUCUGUAAAAUCUAUAGUAUGGCUAGCAAAUUGUGUAUAAUUAAAGGGCACCUUUAAAGAUUUAAAAGGAGGUGGAAUUAGAAUAUACAUAUAUAUAUAUAUAUAUAUAUAUAUGUGUGUGUGUGUGUGUGUGUGUGUGUGUGUGUGUGUGUAUAGGAAAAUGUCUCUGGGUUUGUCUCACAGGCACAUAACCAUGUAUAGCACUGACAGAGAUCCUGCACUCCCCUGCAAUGUGGAGAAUCAAAUAUAGAACAUGACAGCUGAAGAGCAUGAUGGGUAAAAGUACACAUGUACAGUCUGUCCAUGUGUCUGUAAAGCAGCAGCCAAUCAAAACAGAGACAUGACGUAUAUAGCACACAUGUUAGGCCAGGGGUCCCAGCUGUGGUCCUGUCUGUUUGACAGUCCAACACAGCUUGCUGAUUUUCCUGUUGAAAGACACCCAAUUGGACUUAUCAGUUAAUGAAGUCAUCGUGUGAAAGCAGGGAAAUCACCAAACUGUGCUGGACUUUGGUCCUGCAUGCUAAGAAGGGUAGCGUUAUUUACAUGUAUCUCUGUUUAAUUAAUUCACCUUAAAAAACAUCUUGUGUGAUUGGCAAAGGUUUGCAUGUUUGAUAUUGACUUUUGAGGAAUGAUUUAAAAUAUCUGUAUAUGAAUGUAUAGGAAAGCCACUAAUGCAUGCUUUUAUUGUUGUAUGUAUAAUGUGCUAUUAAUUUUACAUGUUGGCAUUCUUGCUGCUAUGUAUAUUAACAAAAUACCACCUAUUCUUAUUGCUGUUUUUAAAAGCCCAAAGUACUUUUGGUUUACACAUGUCAUAACCUGUGAUCUCUAUUACUAGUAGCUCUUUGAAGGCAAAUACAAUUAUCAAAUAGGCAGUUAUGUGUUGCUGUGUGUUGUGUGUCUGUUUGUGUUUGGGUGAAUUCAUGUCAAUAUCUACGUAUUCUGUACCCAGUUACAUGGCAUAAGUAGCAUUUAUUUCACUGGUGCCAAUGCUCUUAAUGUAGUUGAAAUUUGAGGUUGAGUGUGUGCAAAUAGACAGUAUCGAAGUGUUUCAGUUGCACUAAUGUUUCAGAAGAAGGAAAGCUUCAAAAAUAGUCUGACAGAUCGAGUCAGCAAUAAAAUGUUCUUGCUAAGUUUUUUUUGUUUCCUCUUUCCAGCCCAAGACUUGAGGCCUUGGAAAAGCCUGUACAAGAGUCAGUGUUUUACUCUCUCAGAAACUGCAGUAGCAACUCUUGCUUUAGCGCUUACCAUAAAAUACAAGCAAAUGUAGCAUUAUUAUUCCAGCCUUGGUGUUCAGAAGGGACCAUUGUGAUCAGUGUGAUCAAAGGCCAUACAUUUCUGCAGCUGUCUUCUGAGUUUAUUGGUCUUUGUGAUUGUUCAAUGUACUGCCAUCUAUCAGUUCAGAAAGGAAAUGUUUCUUAAACAGCCUGCUCAUCUGGUAGGCAAAUAAUUGUUUAAAAAAAAAAAAAAAAAAAAGAGUGUGUAACCCCUAAUUUCUAGUGUGAUUUUUAUUAAUUGUGAAACUUUUUGUACCACAUAUAACCAAAGUAAAAUUGCAUAGUAUUA